AUGGGUUUCUAUAGGAAACUCGUGUUGUUUCCUUUUUUGCUGGUUUUGUUCACAAGUUUUGAGCCACCCCAUGUUGCAGAAGCUGCUUCUGAUUACUCCACUUUGGUCUACAAGGGCUGCUCUAAGGAUUCUUUCACAGAUCCAAAUGGGGUGUACUCCCAGGCUCUCUCUGCGCUAUUUGGCUCAUUGGUUUCGCAAUCCACCAAAACCAAGUUCUACAAGGCCACUUCUGGCUCUGGCCAGAACACUAUAACUGGUCUCUUCCAAUGCAGAGGGGAUCUCUCCAACUCUGACUGCUACAACUGUGUCAGCAGGCUCCCAGUUUUGUGUGACAAACUUUGUGGAAAAACCACAGCUGCAAGGGUCCAACUACUAGGUUGCUACAUUCUCUAUGAGGUUGCAGGAUUCUCCCAAAUCUCAGGUAUGCAGAUGCUGUACAAGACUUGUGGGUCAACAAAUGCUGCUGGGAGAGGGUUUGAGGAGAGGAGGGACACUGCAUUCUCUGUGAUGGAAAAUGGGGUGGUCAGUGGCCAUGGCUUCUACGCCACCAGCUACCAGUCUUUGUAUGUGAUGGGGCAGUGUGAGGGGGAUGUUGGUGACUCAGAUUGUGGGGAGUGUGUUAAAAAUGCUGUCCAAAGAGCUCAGGUUGAAUGUGGCAGCUCUAUUUCAGGACAAGUCUUUCUGCACAAGUGCUUCAUUAGUUAUAGCUAUUAUCCAAAUGGGGUUCCUUCCAGAUCAUCUUCAUCAUCAGCUUCAUUCUCUUCAUCUUCUUCAGGGCAAAAUCCAGGGAAAACGGCUGCUAUAAUAUUAGGAGGGGUAGCUGCGGUGGCUUUUGUGGUUAUAUGUUUGCUAUUUGCCAGAAGUUUGAAGAAGAAACGUGAUGGUAUGAGUUAUAUGAGCCAAUAA